CGUACACAGGAAAUGCAAAAGAAGUUCAAAAUCGUCUCAAUGAGCUGAUUUUUGUGGUUUGUUUCUGAUUCAAACGCUUUUUUUACCGGUCAGAAUUAUGCAUACGUGGAGUCUUGUAUCAAUUUGCGUUUUACUUGGUGUUGUUGUGAGAUGGGGAGUUUCGUUAAAUUCAUAUUCAGGGGCGGGGAAACCUCCCAUGUUUGGCGACUAUGAAGCCCAGAGGCACUGGCAAGAAGUAACCUACAACCUCCCACUUCAGGAAUGGUACUUCAACACCACUGACAAUGAUUUGAACUACUGGGGUCUUGACUACCCUCCUCUUACUGCCUACCACAGCUGGCUCUGUGGUUAUAUAGCCAAGAAUCUAAACCCUGAAUGGGUGGAGCUUCACAAAUCCAGAGGUUAUGAGGGUCCAAUGCACAAGUUGUUCAUGAGAACGACAGUCUUGAUAGCAGAUGUGUUGAUAUUCAUUCCUGCAGUGGUUUUGUACUGCUUAUACCUGACUGAUGGAUCCUCUAAGAAAAGGGUUUCCACACUCUUGUGUAUUCUUCUUUACCCUGGGCUAAUUCUCAUUGACCAUGGCCAUUUCCAGUAUAAUGGAGUGAGUCUGGGCUUUACCCUGUGGGGAGUUCUGGGUCUGGGUCUGGGCUGGGAUGCAAUGGGCUCCAUGGCUUUCUCCCUGGCUCUCAACUACAAGCAGAUGGAGCUGUACCAUGCUCUGCCCUUCUUCUGCUACUUAUUGGGGAAGUGUCUCAAAGCUGGCCUGGCAGGACGUGGGCUUUUUCUGUUGGUGAGGAUUGGUGCAACGGUGGUGGUGACUUUUGCCCUCUGCUGGUUGCCCUUCCUGUCUGACCCCAGCCAGGCCGUGCAGGUGAUCAGGAGGAUCUUUCCCGUGGCCCGUGGCCUGUUUGAGGAUAAGGUGGCCAACACAUGGUGCAGUCUGAACACCCUGAUAAAGAUCAGAUCCAUUCUGUCAGGCGACUCUCAGCUCUACCUCAGUUUUGCCUUCACUCUUUUGGCAGUUCUACCAUCUUCUGUCAGACUGCUGACAAGGCCCACCUUUUGGCACUUUAAACUGGCUUUGGUCAAUUCAUCUCUGGCCUUUUUUCUCUUCUCCUAUCAAGUCCACGAGAAGUCCAUCCUGCUGGCUACACUGCCAGUUUGUCUCCUCCUAAGUGACCUCCCAUUUAUGAGUAUUUGGUUCCUGCAGGCUUCUACAUUCAGCAUGCUGCCUCUGUUCCUGAAGGAUGGCCUGUUGAUGCCCUAUGUUGUGACCUCAGUGGCCUUCCUGUUCCUCACUGUCUACCUCCUGUCUGCACUGGAUCACUGCUCAGAGGACGAGUUGAGACUGAGCAACUACAACAAGCUGUUUUUCUUUCUCCCCAGAUUGGAGCUGGCCUGUAUAGUGAGAUGGAAGUUCUACAUCAGCAUUGCAGCCAUGGCUGGUUUCAGCAUCCUGAGUGUAGUUGUGGACCCCCCACCACAUCUACCCGACUUGUUUCCUGUGUUGGUUUCUACGACUGCUUUCCUGCACUUCUUGGGAACAUUUGUACAUUUCAACAUUGUUCAGUUCAGUGGGCCAACUAGCAGAAAGAGCCAUAAGAAAAAUAACUAAGAUGUGUUUUUACUCCAGCUAAGUCUGUAGAGUAUGUUUGAUCUUAUAGCUGAUGUUUUGUAUCAAAAA